AUGGGCACAGGUCACAAUGGGCAGGAGACUAAAAGCAGCCCCCGCGGGUGGUUUGGCCAUAGGCGGCUUCGGCGUCCAGAGAAAGGAGGGGAUCAGGACUGGCAGCUGAGCUUGCGGAGUCAGAGAGCAGAGCAGAGAGCCGUGGACAGCCAACCCGAGGCAGCCAGAGGAGGCCCUGCGGCGGGCAUGUUUAACACCCCCCCAGGGAACCUGCAGCAGCAGCUGUCCCAGGGGGAGUAUGCUCUAUUCAAGCACGCACAGAUGUUCGAGAGCGACUUCAUACAGGUCAGCAGAAGAGGGGAAGUGAUUGACGUGCACAACAGUGUCCAAAUGGUGACGGUGGGCAUCGUCCGCACCAGCCCCCACCUCGUCCUACCUGAUGUCAUGCUGCUGGCCAGCCAGAAGACAGGUCACCAGCCUACACAGAACUUAGAGCUGAGGAGGCUGCUUCCUUUGAUGUUUGUCAAGAUAUCCAUCCAUAACCUUAAAAAACAACAGCUCCGCCUGAAGCUGGCCACCGGCCGCUCUCUCUACCUUCAACUGUGUCCCCAGUGGGAUAUGAGAGAUCUUUUUGCUCAGUGGGAAGACCUCAUUUACAUGCUGAACCCACCGGUGGAGGUUUACAGGGGUACCCAAGCCAUUCCAGCGGAUGCCAUGCCGGACACGCCUGUGUUUGAGGAAGAAAACAGCCCAGAGGUGAGUCUCUGCAGCCUCGAGAAGCUGGGGCCGGGGUGCUUCAGGGACAGUCCUGAGGCUUAUUUAAAAACGUGCUGUACUUGGAAGUGUUCGGGGCCAAACAAGCCUCCGCUUGGAGGCAGUGCUGCAUUGGGGAGUUCCUAA